UUCAUAAAGCACUUAAGCCUGGCUGAUCUGGUGGUGGCUUUUUUCCAGGUGCUCCCACAGCUUUGUUGGGAGAUCACUUACCGCUUCUAUGGUCCAGACUUUUUGUGCCGGAUAAUAAAGCAUCUCCAAGUGUUUGGGAUGUUUGCUUCAGCCUACAUGCUUGUUGUAAUGACUGCUGAUCGCUAUAUAGCUAUUUGCCAUCCUUUGAAGACUCUCCACCAGCCUACCAAGAGGUCCUACCUGAUGAUCGGAAGCGCUUGGAUCAUCAGCUUCAUCCUUAGCACACCUCAGUAUGGGAUCUUCUACCUGAAAGACCUAGGGGACGGGGUGUAUGACUGCUGGGCUGAAUUCAUCAGCCCCAAAGGACUAAAGGCUUAUAUCACAUGGAUUACUAUUAGUAUCUUCGUAGUGCCGGUGAUCAUCUUGCUGACCUGCUAUGGUUUUAUUUGCUACAAUAUCUGGAGGAACAUCAAGUGCAAAACCAAGAGAGAUGAGUCCGAUCGCAAGAGGAGCAACGGGUUACUCUCCACAUCUGUUAGCAGCGUGAGGACCAUUUCCAGAGCUAAGAUCAGGACAGUGAAGAUGACUUUUGUGAUUGUUACAGCCUAUAUCAUCUGCUGGACCCCAUACUUUACCAUCCAGAUGUGGUCAGUGUAUGCAGAUAACACCAACUGGACAGAAAAUGAAAACACUGUAGUCACCGUAUCUGCUUUGUUAGCAAGUCUGAACAGCUGUUGCAAUCCCUGGAUAUACAUGUUUUUCAGUGGACACCUACUGCAAGAUUUCAUCUUCAGUGUUCUAUGCUGCAGCAGGUUCAAGCAAAACAUUAGCAAGGAAGAUUCUGACAGCAGUACAAGGAGACAGACAUCCUUCACCAGGAUCCAAACAAGAAGUCCAACCCACAGUACUGACACCUGGAAAGAUUCUCCCAAAUCAUCCAGAUCUAUUAAAUUCCUGCCCCUGCAAACCUGA